CUCUCAGAUUGGCCGGAGCAAGGCGCGCAGCCAAUAAGGAUACCGGGGGGACUCUGCCCUGUCGGAGACUUUGGGGUGCUUGGGCUUGAGGUGACCUGCCAGCGAUCUAGUGAUGGAGGCAACGCGGAAGGACACGCGGGUCCGUGCGGAGAGCCCGCCCAACAGGAAGAUCUACAUGGACUACAACGCCACCACGCCUCUGGAGCCCGCAGUCAUCCAAGCUGUGACAGAGGCCAUGAGGGAAGCGUGGGGCAACCCCAGCAGCUCAUAUGUGGCAGGUAAGAAGGCCAAGGACAUUAUAAACACAGCUCGGGCGAACCUGGCCAAGAUGAUUCGGGGAAAGCCUCAGGACAUCAUCUUCACUUCCGGGGGCACCGAGUCGAAUAAUUUAGUAAUCCACUCUAUGGUGAGAUGCUUCCGUGAGCAGCUGGCCCUGAAGGCUCAUGCGGCUGACCAGCACAGCCCUGAGGAGGGGACCAGGCCCCAUUUUAUUACCUGCACAGUGGAACAUGACUCCAUCCGGCUGCCCCUGGAGCACCUAACGGAAGAACAAACAGCAGAGGUCACGUUUGUCCCAGUGUCGAAGGUGACCGGGCAGGCAGAGGUUGAGGAUGUCCUGGCGGCUGUCCGCCCUACCACGUGCCUCGUGACCAUCAUGCUGGCCAACAAUGAGACCGGCGUCAUCAUGCCUGUUUCUGAGAUCAGUCGGCGUAUUAAGGCCCUGAACCAGAGCCGUGCCACCUCCGGACUGCCCCAAGUCUUUGUGCACACGGAUGCUGCCCAGGCACUGGGGAAGAGGCGGGUGGAUGUAGAGGACCUAGGUGUGGACUUCCUGACCAUCGUGGGGCACAAGUUCUACGGUCCCAGGAUUGGUGCUUUGUAUGUACGAGGGGUGGGUAAACGUACCCCCCUGUAUCCCAUGCUGUUUGGAGGCGGACAAGAGCGGAAUUUCAGGCCAGGGACGGAGAACACACCCAUGAUCGCCGGCCUUGGAAAGGCCGCCGAGCUGGUGAGUGAAAACUGUGAGGCUUAUGAGGCCCACAUGAGAGACAUCCGAGAUUACCUAGAGGAAAGACUGGAGGCUGAAUUUGGUAAGAGACUCCAUCUGAACAGUCGGUUUCCAGGGGUGGAGAGGCUUCCAAACACCUGCAACUUUUCCAUCCAGGGGUCCCAGCUUCAAGGGUACAUGGUACUUGCACAGUGCCGGACACUGCUGGCCAGCGUGGGAGCCUCAUGCCACUCAGAUCAUGAAGACCGGCCAUCCCCAGUGCUGCUGAGCUGUGGUAUCCCUGUGGACGUGGCCCGGAACGCGCUCCGGCUCAGUGUGGGCCGCAGUACCACCAGGGCUGAAGUGGACCUCGUUGUGCAGGACCUGAAGCAGGCCGUGGCCCGGCUAGAGGGCCAGGUCUUGGGCUAGCGGCCACUCUUUCCCUCAGUGGCCCGCUGGACUCAGGCCACUCGAUCCAUAGGAAACCCCUGGCCCCUAAGCUAUCCCUCCUCAAGAGCUGCACUGAGGUGACUGUCUUACUCUGGGGUACAGAGUGAAGAGGGCUGCCCGCCACACAGAAUCCCACUUCAGCCCCCAUCCUUACAGGCUCAGGACAACACUGCCACAUAGGAACUCCCCCUGCCCCUUCUGCCAAGGGCUAGGUGGAAAUG